AUGGCUGACGAUCCCGUGGACAUAGUCACCGAUGAGGUCGACAAGAUCAGCGGGCUCCCGGACGAUGUCCUGCUUGACAUCUUGGGCAGGCUGGCCAUGGCCGGCGACGUCCGCACCGUCGCGAGGACCUCCAUCCUCUCGCGGCGGUGGAGGUCCCUGCCGUGGCCGCAGAUUCCCACCGUCUCCCUCGACGUCGGAGAGUUCUUCCGCUCGGACGACGACGAGUGGCGAGUCUGGCGGCGGAGCCGCCGGCAGCACCGCUUCGUGGAGCAGCACCAGGCCACGGCGGGGCUCACCGACGCCCUGGCGCGCUUCCUGGCCGCCCCGCCGAGCGCGCGCGUCAUCGAGACGCUGAGCCUCAAGCUCAUCCUGACCCGGCGCGACUACGUGAGCCGCGUCGGCGAGCUCGUCGGCGCCGCGGCCGACGCCGGCGCGGUAAAGACCGUCGAGCUCGAGCUCGUCACCGAGAUGGAGAUGGCGAUGGCGAUGGCGAGCGUCGCGUUCGACCCGGAUGCGCUGACCAAGCUCGGCUACGGCGAGCGCUUCAGGCACUUCCUGCAGGACUGCCCCGGCGCGUUCCGGUCACUGACGAAGCUCAACCUCCAGAACCUGUGGUUCGACGACCCGGCCGAGGUGAACAACCUGGUGCGCGGCUGCCACGCUCUCCAGCGCCUCUCCCUGUCGUCCUGCGUCCUGUGUCCUAAGGCCUUGCUGCUGGCCAUGGACGACGACGACGACGACGACGGGCCGCCCCGGCUCCCCAUGCUGACCAUCGACGCGCCGCAGUCGCGGCUCCAGACUCUGGUGUGCGAGCACUGCAUCAUGGGCGGCGUCGAGCUGGUGCAGGCGCCGGAGCUCGUCACGCUCGAGUACAACGCCGGAGGUCUCUUCCUCCAAGAUUAUCACCCGGUCUCGAUUGGUUGCGCCCCGUCGCUCCAACGCUUGGGCCUAUAUCAGUACCAGCACGAGGACAGCUUUUUUUAA